UAACCCAAUGAACAAUCCUGUCUGUCUUUCCCAAAAUAAGCCAGUGGGAGAGGGAUCGCCGAGUGAGCCAGGGAGAUUGGAGCAGCGAGGUGCACAGCCCCUGGUUAUAAGUCCUGGGGGUGGAAGCUCAGCCUGCUUGGACCCACAGCCUUUAGAUCAAUAUACACUGCCUGCCUGACUGACUUGACUGACUGACUGAGUCUCACUCCACUGUUACUCACUCUCUCUCCCUCUCUGUCCUGUUUCCUCGUUCCUUCCCUCCUACUUUCCACCCUGGAGAGCAAGAGCUCACAGAUUGGGAAGGUGCGCCUCAGACCUGCGUCUGGAUAGCUUGAAGACGGCACAGAGAGUAUUUCUCACUCUUCUCUCACUUGCUCUUUCAUCCUCUCAUUCACUUUCGCCAUCUCUGACAAGAAGCAUAUGGAUGGACUCUUUUCUUUUUUGCUGGAGGCAGAAAAAUAAAAGUUAAGCAAUUUGAAGUUGAAAAUUUCCCUUUUUUUAAACUUUGGUGUGUUUUAUUUUUUCUGCAUUUGUGAGCAGCACUGGACCAAUUCAGGGUGCCAGCUCUUUUUUCGGCUGAAUGUUCAUUGAAUAUUUGAUGCCUUUGCAUCCCAUGGGAGACACGCGUGGCUGAAGCAAGGAGGGAGGUAGAAGAGAGACCCACCUGACGCUCACACCUACCACUGCCCUUACCCAGUGCACCGUGCCCUGUCCCGCAACACUGAGGAGAGAAAGUUCUUUGUGUGUGACAUCUGAAGCCUGGGAUGCUGGUGACCAUGCUGUUGGCUCCUGUCUGUGUUCUACUGAUGCUGGGGGCACAAGCUCUUGCUGGAGGCUAUCCCCCCAUACCACACAUGAAGUACAUGCAACCCAUGAUGAAAGGGCCUAUUGGACCCCCAUUCAGAGAGGGCAAGGGACAUUACAUUGAUAUGCCACCCAUGAUGGAGGCAAAGGGGGAACCAGGCCCCCAAGGGAAACCUGGACCAAGAGGUCCCCCUGGGCCACCAGGACUUCCAGGAAAACCUGGACUAGGCAAGCCAGGUCUCAAUGGCCAGCCAGGGCCUCAGGGGCCUCCUGGCUUUCCAGGAAUUGGCAAGCCUGGACUUCCAGGUCUCCCAGGAAAGAUUGGGCCAAAGGGGAUGCCAGGGCUUAAUGGCGAGGUUGGCCCUAGAGGUGAACCAGGCCCCAGAGGCCCUCCAGGACAGCCUGGCCUCCCUGGCCCAGCUGGCCUCUCUCUGAAUGGGAAACCUGGGCUUCCAGGCAUGAGAGGCCCCCCUGGGGUUCGUGGUGAACCAGGAAUAAAGGGUGGUUUUGGCCCACCAGGUGAGCGUGGGCUUAAAGGUGAGAAUGGAAAUGGGAAGACAGGGCCUCCAGGUAUAAGGGGUCCUCCUGGACUCAAAGGCAGCACAGGACCACCUGGUCUUCCAGGUAUUGGCAAACCGGGAGUAAAAGGUUUGCCUGGCCCACCCGGUUCUAAAGGUGAUCAAGGACUCCCAGGGAAUCAGGGAGAACCCGGCGAGGCUGGAGCUCCAGGUCUACAAGGUCUACCGGGGCCAACUGGGUUAGGAAAGCCUGGGUUAGAUGGACUUCCUGGAGCACCAGGUCAACAAGGUUCAAAAGGUGAGCCAGGGCCCAGGGGUUCUCCUGGAUUUCCUGGUACUCCUGGCUAUGGAAAACCUGGUCUGAGUGGCCCAAAAGGAGAAAAGGGUCAUGGUGGAUUGCCUGGUCUUCCAGGGGACAAAGGAGAGCAAGGAAUGGUGGGUCCAAAAGGGGAACAAGGCCUUGAUGGACAAUCAGGACCACCAGGACUUCAGGGCCCAAUGGGACUCCCAGGAAAACAUGGAAUGCUAGGGCAGAAGGGAGAGCUGGGGCCUCAGGGUCCUCCAGGACUGCCUGGCCUCAGAGGUGACCAAGGACUCAGUGGGCCUUCUGGAAAACCUGGCAUCCCUGGGGAAAAGGGCAUUCCUGGGCCUAAUGGUCCUAUUGGCAAGCCUGGAGCAAAAGGUGAGGCAGGUCAUAUUGGCCUACCUGGCAAUCCAGGGUUGACUGGUCCUCCAGGGUCUAAAGGUGAAACAGGGUUUAUAGGGGCUCCAGGCCCCAGGGGUCAGUCAGGCAUCCCUGGUCUUCAGGGGCCCAUGGGACCCAUGGGCCCACAGGGUGUCCCUGGCCCCAAGGGGGAACCUGGACUCACAGGGCCUCCAGGACUGGGUAAGUUUGGAGAGAAGGGCGCUUUGGGGCCCCAAGGUCCUCCAGGGAAACCAGGUCCAUCUGGGCUUAACGGUGCCCCUGGCCUUCCUGGGCCUCCAGGACCCCCUGGUCCUCCAGGAAAUGGCCAAACAGUUGUUUCAGGGCCAACAGAUUCACAGUUGGAAGGGGAUGAAGUACCAGGGGACAGGAAGGGGCCUGUAUACAGUCAAGUUCUCUCUGCCUCUGUGGCACCAGCCUUCACAGCCAUCCUCACCACACCUUUCCCUCCCUCUGCCAUGCCAAUCAAAUUUGACAGGACCCUGUACAAUGGGCAAAAUGCCUACAGCUCUGCUACUGGCAUGUUCACUGCUCCUUUAUCUGGUGUCUACUACUUUGCAUACCACAUGCAUGUGAAGGGAACUAGCUUGUGGGUGGCACUGUACAAGAACAAUGUACCAGCCACUUACACCUAUGAUGAAUACAAGAAAGGCUACAUGGACCAGGCAUCUGGUAGUGCUGUCCUAGAGUUGAAAGAGGGUGACCAGGUAUGGGUCCAGAUGCCUUCGGAUCAAGCAAAUGGCCUCUAUUCUACCGAGUACAUCCAUUCCUCCUUUUCAGGAUUCCUUCUUUGUCCCACAUAACCCUGUCCUUUUAUUAAAACAUGUUCCUAUAUUCGCACCUCAGAGCAGCCAUAGACCUAAAAUUCCUGCAGCCCUAAAAGAAACACAAAACCCAUAGGAUUCUAAAUAUAAUUGCGGUCAUCUUUAUCUUUCUCACACCAUCAGCAAAAGAAAAAAACAAACUUUGUGAAAAAAGUAUGGCAAGAUUUUUAAAGGCAGGGGAAGGAAUCUCAUACUGUGUUCUUUGUUUCAAUGUCCAAAUGUGUGUUUUGGGUUGUAUUUUAUGUUGGUGUUUUUAGCUUAUAUUAUUUUAAUUAUUAUAUUGUCAUAAUUUUAUUGUUAUUAUUUGGUCCUUGUCAUCAUUGUUGUUGUUGUUUAUUGGAUUCAGAAUAUUAAGUGCCUUAUUUUGUAAUGUGCUAGUAACAGACCUUCCCAUGUGACUGCACGUCCAGCCCUCAUGCUCUGACAUCAUAAGGAUGACAUCACCAGACCCUGGGGAUGGUGAUUGGUUCCUCUGGCUGCAGUCAUGUCCCCCUUGUGUUCUUAUUUAAACCGUGAAUGUCAGUACUGACACAAAGAGCAACAAUACAACAUAUCAACACGCAAUGGCACAACAAGGUGUUUGGUGCUGUAAUACCCUUUUCACACUUCUUUGACUUUUUUGGUACUCUAAACAGUUGCUAUGUUAAAAUAAUUAAUAGGAAUAAAUCUUUGUUUUUAGAGUGAGUUAUAUAUUUUGACAGUUAGUUGGAAUAAGAAUCUGCUAGGUGCUUAUUUCUUUGCAUCUUUCUGAAUUUAGUAGUUGACCGUUUAAAUGAAUGGAUCUUUGUUUUUGUCAUAAUUCGCUGAUCUGUCCAGAAUGUGUUCAAAGAAAUACAAUCCAAGAAUAACUAGGACCUUACAGUAUUAGAAUUGUUAAAUUUAAACUCCCUAAACCCCUUUAAAGAGGAUCAACAACAUAAUGCAAGGACAAUGCCUUAUUUUAACUUUCAGGACGAUAUUACAUGAGGAUGAUGUGUAUCCGUACAGUCAAUGUUUACAUGCCAUAGAAAAGAUAUUGGGAGCAACUACAAAAUGGACAGCAAAGAUACAACCAUAGCUAGAUCAAUGGCCAGUUUCCUUGUAUCAGUUUGAUUUUCCCAUUUGCACUGCAGAUCACCAGGUUGCAGGUAUUCUUGUCAGAUGCUCUGACCAUGACAUCACUACUUUCUAAUGGUAUACUACCUAUUGAUAAAUCAGUAUCACAUUCCGAGUGAGCAAUCUGCACUGCCAUACAGCCCCAUCCAGUCUACAUAUUACAAAAUCUGUGAAGAUGCUGUACAUUUGUUUCUGUUUAGAAAAACAUGGAGGCACAUAAAAAAUUCACAUCUUCCUUUAGUGCCACUUUCUAUGUGACUUGUUACUGGGCAACUGAGAACAACUCUGAAUCAUUUGUAGUUCUGAAUGAAAUGUUGUUUGAUUGAUUCCCAGAUCAUUGAGACAAAAAUAGCUGAAUUGCUUAGUUUUAUGGAACACGUUUGGUUUCAAGGACAAGAUGUUUCAGGACUAAAUAGCGUCAAAAUAUACAAGUGGAAAUGAAAAUUGAUCUGCAUUUACUCCAUGACGAAGUAAAAGGACUGACUCAUGCCAUAGGUUGUGAAAUACAGGUUAUGUAACAUUUAACAAACCUUUGCCAGAUUUGUAGGAGAGGUGGUGGGCCAGAGGUAAGAGCUGUGUAUUUACACAUUUCUGUUGGAUGAGGCACUAAAGAUACACGCUAUGCGUGUAUGCAUGUGCUUGUCUGUUCUGGUGGGUAGGUACCCUUCUGUCUGUCAACAUAGAAAUAGAGGUGCGUGUGUGUGUAUGUGUGCAUGUAUGUGUGUGUGUUGUUUCACAUUAUCAUGGCAUUCAGGUCAUGAACACUUCAGUGAAGAUAAUACCAAACUUACUGAAGUUACACAACCUUAGGAAGAGCUCACAGUCCUGUCAAUGUUCCACAAGAAACGUGACUUCAAAAUGUUUGAGCAUCCUUUGGGUUUUUAAGAGAAUUUCGCAACACUCUAAUCGUGUCUUUGCCAACAAAGUGAACAAGUUACACAAACAGGUGAAUGAUGAAUGUAAUGUUUAGAUUAUGGGAGACAGAAAACUGAAAUUAAGUCAACAUAAUGAGAUAAGAUGACAGCAUUUACAUAAAUUACUGGUUAACACUGAACACUUUUGAUAUGAGUAUGUGGAAUAUUGGUCCAAUGAGUGGCAUACUGGUGUGCAAUAAUUUUGUGUUGUACCAAGUUAUGAACAAAAAAAAAGACAUUCUGGUGAAGUAUGCACAUUUUUUUUUUUUUUUUGAUGAUCGCAGUUACUGAAGAGAGGAGAUAAAGAGGUUUGGGCAAAACUGAGAAACGUCGGCACUUACAUUACCAACUCUGAGCCUGUACAUGCCUCAACUCAGACAAGAUUUAAGGUUGUCUUACACCUUGAAGGAGGAAUGUCAGUGUAUAGGAGGAUUGUGCCAAACCGUGAGCUUUGCAGUCAGAAUGAAUGUAUAUUGUUUAACUGAUAAUUUGUAUAAAUGCCGUGGCUCUAUACGUAAACUUUUCAAGUUGCUCUAGAAGAGCAGUGCUAGAAUGAGGCCUAAUCAGUAUUUUACAUCCUUGUAAUGCAAACAAUGCACUUGCUCUUGCCCUUUCUGUCUCAUAACAUUUUCAUCUGCAAUUCUGCAUCAUUAUUGUUAUGUGAGACUAUAAGACAGUCCUCGUUGUGUACUGUAUGUUUCCUUUUUUUGUUAUUUUUUAUUUUUGGACAUAUGAAACAGUGAUGUGAGUUACAUAUGGCCAUUACUCUCUGUCCUUCUGUUUUUAUAGACAACGUCACUUGCUUACAGAUUUUGCCCCAUGUGCAAAUCAUUUAACAAGUGUCAGUAAGAUCCAUAUACCUACCAUCUCAAUAACAAAUUGCUUUGAAGUGUUUUUCUGUUUAUACUUAAAAAAAUAAACAUCAAACAAACAAACAAAAAAAGAUUUUCAAAAAGCCUUGCUUCGGUUCUUAAGGGAUAUUUGUUUGUUUUAGUUUCAAUGAAUACAAACGGCCAUUCCCAUUUGCACAUGAAAUUAAUGAAGAUGUAUUUAUACAUUUAUGAUAAUUUAAUAGGGAUGCCAAGACCGACCACCGAAGCCUAGAACGUAUAAAUGGUAUUUAACAGCAUUGAUGAGUUAUGAGCAUUUACAACAUGUAGUUAGCAUUCUAGUGUUAUUUGUGAAGGAUUAUUUGUGGACUUUUAUUUUCUAUUUGUGUAAUGUUCUAUGUAUCAACUUAUCAGAUUUUUGUCAUACACGGCUAUUGCGUGCAAUCUAUGCAAUAGAAUUUGGGUAUAAAAUGCACUCUUUUUGAUUGAAAAUGUUUGUCUGCUUAUACAAAAUCUACAGUACUUGAUUGUAUUGAUACCACAUCAAUAAAAACUUUCUUGUACUUUG